UUUGUGUUAUGCUACGUCAUUUCUCAUAGCUUUUUGCUUAGACAUAGAAAUGCCCAGCUUUAUUUGACACUUGAGUUUAGUAUCAUAUUUACCGCUGCCUUUGUUGACAUAUUCUACGUAAAUGUCUGCUUCCACAUGACGUCACUGAAACAUCUUAUUUCGUUUAUGUACAGGGUCAUGUACCACCUCCGUUGAUAUGGUUUUAUCCACUGAGAAGUGGGCCAGGGGUCAAUUGCCACAGGGCCUUUUUAAGGUUAUUACAGUAGGUUGCCUUGCUCAACUCAGUUCCUAUUCUUUUCUGUUAUAUUUAGUAAGAUUUGGUAGCCACAGCCCAAACGGGGCACAAACCCAAAUAAUUGGAGAAAUUUUAGAAAUCAUUUGUUCGUUUCGCACAUAAAAAAUGGAAUGCCUGUUGAUCAUCAAAAAUGAAGUUUUUGGCAUCUUUUGCUUGAAAGGUCACAUGAUUACCUGCUUCAUUAAAGUCAACUUGCUAAUAUGGUCACCAUUUGAAUAGAUAGGAAGUUGUUAUGCGUUCUCAAAACCAAGACUGGGGUGUCUACACUGGCACGAUAUUUUUUCAUAGAAGUGUUCAGUUUUAUCAUUUAGAACGAACCCGGUCACGUAAAAUUUAUUAGUUAGAUAGUUAUAUUAUAUUCUAUUACCUCUAGUUUUUUUUAUAUUGUUUCUGCCUAUCACUUUUUUCAGAUUUUUUGAAAGCAAGAUUCAUAGAAUCCAGUGCUGGCCAAAUCCAGCGUUUAUUUCUUUUUCUUGUGUUCCCCCUUUAGGGCCUGUUUACAUGAAAGAGGUCUAGGCCUCUUUGCCGAGAUCUCACCUUUUUCAUGUGAUCCUUUUUGAAAUUCCUUUUCAUUUACAUUAGAGGUGGGCCAGUUUUUUUAGGCGAGAUUUCGCUUCUAACUACCCUAGAUUUCGCCUAGGCGAGCUAGAAAUUUUCCAUGUUAACGCAAUCAAGUGGGCUAGCCCUCCAGGGAGGGCUGGAAAAAUUAUUUUGUGCACGCGACAACAUACCGCUUGCAUCGCCAAAGUACAAAUAGCUGCCAGUAUCAAAAUUACCAAUUCAAAGUCAAUACAAUUUGGCUGGACUUCUGACAUGGCGGAAAUGUUAAUCACUGCUCGCCGUAAAUACAAAAGUAUAAUGGUAUUCAAAAAUAUAGAUUUCGAUGGUGAUAGGCCAAAGCAGUAUGCUAGGUUAAGAGAAGAAAUGGUGAAAGGGUAUCCCGAUGUAAUGUCCAGAUAAUUAGUAGACCGUAUUGCUGUAACAAAAGCGCUGUAAGGAUUGUUGUUGCCUAAGGCCUGGUUCAAACGUCGCGCUUCUCAUGUGCCGAACCUAACUCGAGAAUUAAGUACAUGAGGGGCGCGAUGUUUGAAUCAAUUUGGUACGGCAGAUUGAGUUAGGAGCGGCAGACUAGUUUGGAUCGGUAGAGCUUGCCGAGCUGCACGACUCCAGCAUGGCACGGUUCCAAGCGUCGAACUUGUCAUGUACCGAACUCAAUGCAUAAUUAUAUUUAAUUUAUUUUCCCUCCCAGAAUUCAUUUCUUUCUUGGAGGGCGCAUGCGUUUCAAACAAAUAUUUGAGAUUGCGCGCCUUAACCAAGAUACUUCAUGUAAAAAUUCCUAAAACCCAUUUGGCGCGACAUAAUUAAGUUCGACGUUUGAAACGGGAGCCGCGCUAAACAUGCUCAAGAGUCGCUCCAAACAGAGUUAGGUUCGGCACAAGUGGCCGCCAUUUCGAAAUAAAUAUUGGCGCAAGAACUUCUCGUGCUAACUUGUUCGUGGUUCCAGCCCUCCCAAGCAGGCUAGAAAAUUCUCAUAUAAACAAGCAUGCAAAUCCAGCUCUCUUAGGGGAGCUGGCCCUCUCAGGCUGGGUCUUCUCAUAUAACCCUUAGUGUUCGUAAUUUUUGCCCUAAAGAUAUCUGAGAAAUGAUCAUGGAGCUUUCAAAUUUGCCAAAAUCUUUGUUGAAUCUAUCUGCAAAGGCAAUUUCUUGCUUUACAGACGUGGAUUCACUCCUGAAUCAAUCUAGAAACAUUCAAGCGCUCUUUAUCUCAGUACGCUGUCAGCAGAUAUACCAAAUUUAUUCGUAUGCCUAGUUACUGAUUAUUCAUAUUUAUUGUUGAUGAUUGCUAUUAGCAAACUGGCGAUACACCAUAGUAAAUAUUUGCACUGUUUUUCCAGACUCUAUUAAUUACUUGAAUCUUUCUGUCCGACUUCUGUCCAAAUUCAUUAUACAUAUUUGCAUAUGAUUUGCCGAACACACUUUUCGUUAAAGCGUGUUAAUCAUUUGGUGUGAAAUUUUGCCGGCCAAGUCGAUGUAGGGAAUACCUUUUCAGGACAUGUUGUUUUCACUUCUAUCGAUGUUUAUUCAAAAACUCCAGCUGCUAAGAUAAAAAAAUUGCUGAUAUUAGUGACGAAGAAAGCUUGAAAAUUGUUCACAAAUGUAAUCGCAUGAAAGAGUUUGCGCAACGUACUUGGGUCACGCGGUAAGAGAUCUUAAACCACUUUUCAAUCAAAAAUUACACCAGAACAUGCAUUUUUAAUCCAGCUGGCCUGUUUUUAUGAAAUUCUAUUUUCACAUUCUCUGAUGGGUAUAAUGCAGUAAAAUGCCUUUUGCAAAAAAUGCUGUACGAUUGAGCAUCGAUUUUCGCUAACAUCUAAAGUAAGGACGGGAGGAAGAAUUUCAGUCUUGAUGUGAAUGAAAGUUUUUGGCUACAAGGAUGCUGAAGGAGAUGCUGAAAUUUGCAGUUUCUCUGUUUUUUAUAAGUGCCAAUUGCUAUGCAGAUGUCAUCUUCAACACAGACAACGCUGAAUUGACUGAGAAUGGCACAACUCUGCUGACUGGUGAUCUCUUAAAUAAGAAAUUUACCUGCUCUAACAAUAUAACAUGGACUUUCAAACUUGCCGCCUAUAAUCUGGAAUCUGAGCAUUAUAACAUAUUUUCAUAUGGAAAGAAAGUGUUCUUGAAAGGUAGCAAUCCCCUGGUCAUCAGAACAAGAGGUGACAUUGUCGUGAAUACCACAGUUGAUGUCAGCGGUGUGCCACUGAAUGCAUCAGGAUUGCAAAAUCACCUUGGUGGUUUCGCUCUAACAACAAAAAAUUGUUGUUUUGUUGGGGCUGGACCAGGGGCUGGUUUUACGUACCAUGGAGGAGGAUACGGUGGUGCUGGCGGUGGGUCAUGGAUAGACCCCAAUAAUAACUAUUUUUAUGGGAGAAGCUAUCAGUAUACCGGAGAGAUUAUAGGCGGUAGCACAGGUGCCAUUGUUUAUGAUUCUGAUCCUGGAACAGGGGGUGGAGCAAUUGCCAUUCAGGCAAAUGGUAGCCUGGUUUUAGGAUCUCGAGGAAAGAUUAUUGCUAAUGGAUAUAGUGUGACGAACACUAGUUACCCAGCAUGCUCCGGUGGCAGUUCCGGCGGUAAAAUUGUGCUAGCUGCCAAUAAGGUCGUGUUAGAAGGAGAACUGUCAGCAGUUGGAGGUAACAGCGGAAAGACUUCAAAUUACUCUGAUUAUUGCGGUGAUGGAGGAGGUGGUGGCGUCAUUCUUGUUAAGUCGUUUAGUUACCACACAGCAGGGUCAUUUGUUAUCAAAGUAGAAGGCGGCAAGGGUUUGGUAAAUGGUACCAAUGGAAUCAAGAAAUUUUCCACCAAACAUAUUCAAACAACUGUGAUAAACACAACAUCUUGUGUAAUGACAAUCAAUGGAAAUCUAGCAGACAACUUUUCAAAACAUGGUAAUCUGUCAAGCGUGAACAACGAUAUAGGAUGCACGCAAUGGAGUUGGAAAAUUUGCACGUUUACAUUUGAACAUGACUUUGAGUUUUCAAAGGGAAGCAAUGUAACAAUCACUGGAAGUCAUGCUCUCAAAAUCGUUUCUCUCAAUGGACAUUUAUCUGUUUCAACGAAUUUGGAUCUAAGUGCUCGUGGGAAAAUGGGAACGGCGAAAAUGCAAUCCACAUUUUUGGGAGGCUAUCAUAAUCAUGGCAGUGAGCGUAAUACAGGACCCGGAAGUGACGUCAACGGUGCGGGACAUGGUGACGUCAACAAUACACUAUCACGAUCGUAUGGCAUUGAUCCAACUCUUUUAAUUGGUGGCAGCUCAUGUCGAAAUUCGAGUCUAUCAGCAGCAUACGGUGGUGGAGCAAUCGCAUUAGAAGCAAAGAAAGGCAAAAUUUUAAUAAACGGAAACAUAUCUGCAGAUGCCUAUUCUGAAAACCCCGGAGCCAGCUGCGGUGCAAGUGGAGGGACUGUCAUCCUUGAUGCAAAUGAGAUAGUGAUCAAGGGAUACGUAACCGCAGACGGUAGCGACGGCAAGCAUAGCGGCGGCGAUGGAGGCGUAAUCUCUACAACCUCGGCAUACCCAAAAGCAUUGGCAAGGCCCGGGAAAUGCAUCGAAAAUAAUGGUGUUCCUGGCAGACCUGGCACUGUAAAAGUACCUGGAAUAAAUGUUCGAAAGAUUUCCAGGUCAUGCUUCUCUUCAACUCCUCCAAUGACGACAUCAAGAACAUCAGCAAUAUCCUCCUCCACCGCUUCUUUUAAGACCACAGUAUCGACAGCUUCAAGUAUAGGUAUGAAUAACCAGCCUGCAAACAGCUCAAAGCAAUCACGCUUUACUAUAACCGAAAAUACUCCACUUACGGUUGGCACCAAGGCGAUAACAACAGCAUCAACAUCUGAUGCAUAUACUAAUGCUCGUAAUGAACUCCAUUCGUUGACUAUAUCAGCGACUCCUUCUUCAUACCAACUAAUGCAGUCCACCUCAGUCGUGAAGGACAGAAACAAGAUUUCCAAAGAGAUUAUGCCGUUCGUGAACAAAAUAGUGAAUUCAGGCUCAGCCUUAAGAGUGUCAGAAGAGCUCGCUGCUGCUGUCAUUUCAACAAGAGAGGUAACAGCUGAUGACUCUCAUGUCAUAAUGGGUGUGAUCGAUCAAAUUGCCAAUGCAUCAAUCUAUAAACCCAGUAGUAUGGUCGAAUGCCAAAAUGUUACAAUGAAUGUCAUAAGAAGCUGCUCUAAAAUGGCAAAGAGUAAUUUUGAAAGGGAAAAUUAUCGCAAUCUUUCAUCGGAACUUGUUCCAAGAAUAACAAGAACGUUAGAAAGUCUUGGUGACGUUAUAGGCAGCGUUUUGAAAGAAAACCAAACUUUUCUUAUGGAAGAUGAUAUUCUUGCAAUCGAAGUCACCAAUGUUGAUACAACAAACCCUGUUGACAGAUCUUUUCCAUCUUCGACGAAAGCAAAAAACAGAGAAGAUAUAGUCAUCAUUCCAAAAGAGAUUUUCCUUGCAACAACAGGUAGCGUUGACGUCAUUCUAGUGCAGAUGAGCACAAACUCAACAUACAACAACAGCCGCGAUGUGAAUGGAUCAAAUGUCCUGGCUCUUUCGAACAUUAUUGCAGUCAAACUCAGCAAAGGAGAUUCAAGUUCUCUAGUCAAGCCUAUUACUAUACGUAAUAAAUUAUUAAGAGAGGUAUCUGAAAACCAAGUCGUUCGAGGUGGAUUUUGGGAGGCUAGAAGUGGAGAUUCGUCUGGGGGAUGGUCUUACAAAGGGUGCUCAACAGCUAGAAAAGGGGAUGUUGUCGAAACCAAGAGCAAUCAUAUGACAAGCUUUGCCGUGCUCAUAUCUUUUAAGAAGGAAAAGAUUCCUGACCAUCACGUGAAAGCUCUUGGCUUUAUUACCUCCAUCGGCUGUGGUAUCUCUUUGUUCUGUUUGCUGUUAACCUUUGCAACUUUUGUCACUCUAGACUCGUUGGAUCCUGAAAGAACUGCUAUUCAUACCAACCUUGUCGUCGCGCUUGGUAUUGCCCAGAUUGUAUUCCUUGCAGGGAUAAAUGCAACAGAGAACAAGGCUGCUUGUACGGCAGUUGCUGUUCUUCUGCAUUAUUUCUUCACUGCGGCUUUCUCGUGGAUGUUUGCUGAAGGAGUGCACCUCUACAAAAAAGUCGUCUCAGUCUUCUCUCAUGGAAGCAAGCUAAAAUUUUAUUACGUCAUUGGAUGGGGCUUGCCAAUUAUAAUAGUCGCUUUAUCAACUGGAAUCAGACCUGAUGGUUACGGAACCGAAUCGGCAUGUUGGAUUUCUCUAGAUGGUGGGCUCAUAUGGGCCUUUGUUGCUCCUGUUAUCAUCGUCAUCAUUAUAAACUUCAUUGUGCUGAUCAUCGUUGUAAAGAUUUUGAUGUCUUCUGUGAGCACGGUUCAAGUUGACUCGAAGACCAGCCAGGAAACAAACAGAUCUACUCAACAAAUAAAAGCUGGAGCUAAAGCUAUGGUCAUACUAAUGCCAAUUCUUGGUUUAUCUUGGGUGUUUGGCCUUUUGGCUGUAAACGAGGCCACCAUCGUAUUUCAGUACCUCUUCUGCAUUUUCAAUUCCAUGCAAGGGCUGUUUAUAUUCUUAAUUCACUGUGUUGGAAACAGUGAAGUAAGGUCAGCAUUCAGAAGACUUCACGAGAAGCACACGGUUUCAAAAAGUAUUGGAGAGAGGUCCUUUGCCAAAUCCAUUUCGAAGAAAUCUAAAUCUGGUUCGCCUGGAGCGGAAAUACUUGUAAGGCGAGAAACCCCUACGAGCAAUGAUGGCGAGAGAACGGUCACACCCAAGACGCUAUCUGCAGGCCAGAUAUCACUGAAUUCCUUGAACGCACCAACUUAUAAUGACCACUACUACACGGAUGAUGAUCGUUAGCUUACCGGUGGUGAACAGCUUUGGUCUUUGGAAGAGGAUUCGGUCGAUUGAUAAACUUUUGGACAUAACAAACUGACAGGUUUUUCAUCAUACGCUUUGCCACGAGCUGUUUGGAAAUGUAUGUAAUGUAACAAUAUGUGUGCAAAGCUUUUAUUAAAAUCUAUAUGAAUUAUGCAUAGAGCAUACGUACUUUUGUAUAUACCAUAAAAUGUUGAGACCAUCUGUUAUUGAAUGACUACGUCAUUUGCCUGUUUUGACAAUAUUGACGGUAUUGGCAAAUUUGUCCAUAAUUCAAUGUCCUGGCCCAAUGAGGAUGGAACAAAGCUCAGUUGCAUCCCUUUCCUUCUCUAUUGAAAAAAGGAGUUGGUUUCAUGAAUGAAUAAAGAUUAAAUAUUAAAUAGAUUACAGAUUCACAUAGAUUAAAGAUUGCUGCCUUCUUGUUAUCUUUAGCUGAUACCGAUGAUCAAACUUUCAGUUAGAAUCCUUGAAGACGAAAGCUUAAUUGGAUAGAUAUAAAUGACCCGUGAAGAGUCACUGGUUCGAAGCCUGCCGUUGUUGUGUCACUGGCUCAUUUUUUCUUUAGGUAUAUUUUUCUAAAUCAUAUUCUACUAUCACUGAAAAGAUAAACCAUCUUGGUCUCUCGUGUCAAGCAAAUCAUCUCAGCCCUACAUCUGGAUAGUUUUGGAUGAAACCUCGUAGCCCUUUGCGCUUCGGGCGAUUAAUGACAUUCAGGCAAUAGUCUAUUUCAUAGCACUUGUGGUAGAGUAAUUUGAAAAACAUCAGCUAUUUCACACUAAGAGUAAGCACUGUCUUUGAAAUUUAACUUUUAAUUAUGCAUCGGCUUCGUAACAUUGGACUUCUACACCUCGCAACUCUCUCAACAAUCUUAAUCAGCUAGCUUUUAGCUCUGCCAAGCAGUACACUGAGAAUGCGUGAGGAAUAAUAAUUAUCUACCCUUCUACACACUUAUAGGGUGGGGGGUAGAGAUUUUCAGGGAGUUUGUAAUCUGCCAAUGUUUGCCUGUAAAGAUACGGCGAAAGUUUUCUUGCUAAGCUUUCAUUUGUGCUGCAGAUUGAUCUUUGCUUAGUUUGUGGAAAUUUAAUUUAUUGUUAUUUUGGACCCUAAAUAUAUUGGUUUAAUCGGUAUUUCUAAAUUGAGUUUAACUACAUGGAGAAUUAUGAAUGAUAAUAACAGGAUAAGUUCAGGACCGUCGAGAGGGGGGGGGUAACCAGGGUAGUUACCAGGGGGCCCGGGGCCUUGAGGGGCCCGUAGAAAAUAAGGUAUGUAUUUUUGGCUAUGAGUUUUCAAUUAGCAGCAUUAGUAGGGCGGGCCCAUGACCCGAUUGAUAUUCGAAAUUUAAUCUUUUAACAUGGGAUCAACAAGCUGGUCUAUGAUGAGGGCCUUUUCUUGUUAUGGUCUAUAAUUAAAACAUUGACGAUACGAUCAUAAUAUACUUCUCCGGAAGCCGAAAAAUUCGAUUGCACUUUCAUAUAUCUACUUUUAGGUAAAAUGUUUUAGUUAUUCCUUGUGUGGACUUCCUAUAAACGUAAAAGUAAGAUACAAUAAGGAACUUAUUUCAUCUUGGUAAAAGUAAAUCUUCCAUUCACGGCGUACACCAGAGAAGAAGCACAUGCGAAGAACCAAGACAAAUCCAAACGCUAUAAAAGUCUUCAUCAAAAUCACUAAACGGGAUCACGAUCCAACCAACCCCUGCGAUGUCAUCUUACAGGCACAAGUCUGAGGCUCAGAAAAGGCAGGAAAACAAGAUACGAGAAAAAGAAGCAAAGAAGGCCUCUCGCACAUUGUUUGAGGUAGGUGCUUACAAAAGAGACAAGGAAGGUGAUUUCAACUUUCAAUAAACCUGGCGAAAGCUCUGUUCAAAGCACUGCUGAAGAAGAAGAAGACACAAACGGCUUGGCUGCUUCGGUAGACCAUGACACCACAGAAAGUAGAGAAAGCACUACUGAUUCAUCAUUAAAUCAAGAUAAUGUUCAUAGUGGAUCAUUUAGUUUUGAUGUCGGCACAUUGACCGGAUUUCCAACGAUAAAGGAGUUAGAAAAGGUUGUUAAAACUGGUCAUUUGCCUCAUUCUCCAGAGUUUCCCAAAGAUUGCGACGGCCACGAAUUUCCAACAACGGUCCUAAACGUGAAGCAGCAAAAUGGGGAGGUAGUAAGAAGCUGGCUUGUUUUCAGUCCUACAAAGGCUGCACUCUAUUGUUUGCCAUGCAGGUUGUUUGGGCUGGGCACACUAUUAAUAAUGGUUCAAAAUCAAAAUUGGCUUCUCCUGAUGGUUAGGGAGCGAACGACAGCUGGAAAAGAUUGUGGGAAAAGAUUAAGGAUUUCGCCAUAAGGAAAGCAAGAAAAGCAGUUUUUUAAACAUUAAAUUAACUCUGAUUUUUAAACUGAUUUGUUUUAAUGAUUUGUUUUAUAUAGUCAACAACAAAUUCAAGUGUUUCAGGGGCGUUGAUUUCGAAAUUCAUGCCUUUUACAGUCCAUCUAACUGCAUUGCUAAGGGCGUAACCCAAAAAAGGUUUUUGCAGCCUUCGAUGGUGGGGCCCCAUGACAGUCCCAGCCCUGGGGCCCGGCUCGUCUCUCGACGGCCCUGGAUAAGUUUGAAGCUGCAAUCGUUAUUGUUAAAUUAUUCAUUGAUUUUCUUCUAGAGUAAUUGUUCUUUUGUUGAAAGGUGUCUGUCUGUUGUAAGUUGCUUGCCUAGUUAAAGAAUUGCAGAAAGUCAUGAUACAUUGUCUUUUAACUGCCCGCCGUUCGAUGUUAUCCAUAACUGAGGGGUUUAAGUUAUUGUUGGGUGUCCGUUAUUGGGAGUUGUCCAUAUCGGGAAGUGCCCAUUGUUUGAAGGUGUCAAGUUUCGAGAGGUUGUCCGUUGGAAUUAAAUGCUUUUCCUAAAACCUUCAAGUUUUGCCUAUGGAAGGUUCAAGUUUACUGCAUCACCAGUUUCGAGUUAACCAUUAUUGAUUCUUCGCCAAAACACUCAUUUUUGUUUAAGAUUUCAUUAAAAUCAUUACAAAUCUUACAUGCUCAAGACCAUUUCAAUGAAUAGGGGCUGAUCAAGCUUUCUGUCGUUUAUGAAGGCUUUUCCUGAAUAACAUUUAGGUGAAACAAUGUUUCUGCUUUUCUGCGCUAUUUGGAAAUAUGCGUGAGCUGAUUCCUAUCACUAUGCCCUGUUCUGUUUGGAUUUUGGCCUAACAACGGUAAAGGUCUUGCGUGAUGAGAAAGGUGUCAAGUUUCAGAUUGAAUUUUUCUUUCCUCGUCAGAAGCUGUCCCCCUCAGAAGAUUGUCCAUUCUCAAAAAUGUUAUGGUGGCUUGCUUGUACUGAGUUGCUGCUCAGUACGUAUGUUUGAAAGACAUUACCCCUGCGUGGUCCAUUUUUCUGUCACAUAUAAGGGGAUAUUCAAUGAUUAUGCCACACUAAAGUUUCCUUUUUUGAACCAAUUUUCCAAAUUUGUUUUAUAUCAAUACUCUUUGAGGUCGUACUUUCCCUGUUCUGCCAUGUUUUUCAUCACCAGCCGUGUUCUUCAGGGGUUCCACUUUUAUGAACAAUUUCUGGAAUACUACCUUCCUCAUCAUCAAAGUCGACGUCAUUGAUAGCAUGCCAUUCGGGCUCUUGAAACACCAUCGUACACAGCAAUUCCAUGGGCUCCGACACAGGUUGGAAAAGGGGGAGGGGCAAGGAAAAUUUUAGCACCCACAACAAAAGAUUUUGCUCUACUGUUUUGCAAAAAAGCUCUACUGUUUUGCAAAAAAGCUCUACUGUUUUGCAAAAAAGCUCUACUGUUUUGCAAAAGAGUUGGGACCAUGCUCCCCUCGUCACCCCUUCCCCCUUCGACAGAGGCCCUGAAUUCUCUUUGGCGGUGGACUGCUACUCUUUGAGGUCGUACUUUCCCUGUUCUGCCAUGUUUUUCAUCACCAGCCGUGUUCUUCAUCGUGAAUCAAGGAUCACCCACCGCCCCAAUCUGCUGUGACGUGAUUUUUGAACAGCACCAAAAGAUGCCUUCAGUGUACGAAAUUUUCGAGAGCGGACAGUUCUCUCAAACAAUAAAAGCUAGGGCUUCGAAGGUAAUAAGGUCAGUGAACGAAAAUACCUAGAUGGCGUUGACUUAGUUCGGCUUAUGAAUUCAAAGCAAAAAUAUGAUAAGAACUUCCUUCAGACAACAAAAACUCUUAACCAAAAGGUUCUUUGAAAAACUACAAGAGUGAAACCCAGGAAUGUACAUCUCAUCUUCGGCCAUGUCUCCAAAAAUGACCGUAGAUAAGCAUGCGUUUAGUAGACAGAGGCUAAAUCCAGAGAAAAUGGUUGGCGCAGACGACGAUAUCUUUGCAGGCACGUGGGAACCAGGGACGGGCUGUAGCCCCUCACUUUUUGCUGAGGCGUGAUAAUAAUGUUGUGGCAUCAAUGGCAGAGAAACUACUAUAGUUUAUCAAUUGUUCUAGAGCCCCCUUCCCGCCCCAAAAUCUAUUCCAGCGUCCCUGCCAGAGUCCAGAAAACACGGCAAGACAAAAAUUUUAGGCCACGUCCUUUUACCGCCAAAAGAAUACUGAAAGGGAAAGCUUUUCGUGUUCCGUGGUUUUGUUUUUUUUAAUUUAUAUUAUAGCAUGUUUAUAUCGAUUUUAUUAUUCGACAUUUAAAAGAAUUAUUCUUAAUCUGUAAUGUUUCAACUGUUAUUCUAGCAAAGUUUUAUCGUAAGCGAUAUUUACUAUCAACCUAAACACAUAAUUUUGUCUCUAUUUAUAGCAUCUGUCACCCCUUAUGACCAUUUAUAGCUUCUCCCUAGCCACGCCCUAUCCACGGAAAAAUUUCGGCCGGAGAAAGGUUAAGGAUUUUUCUAGACUCUUGUCCCUGUUUUGAUAGUAUUAUCAUCAGUGCUACGUUUUGAGACAAUAGUUUGACGCUGGAGUUUAACCUUUUGAGAAUUAAUAUGGCAAUUUAAUGUUCACCACCUUUGUUCACUGAAGCAGCAAGGGUAGGUAAAUAGUAAAUCGUUGAAAACGCAUUGUUUUCCAUUUGAAAGGACACCCUUCAACUGGGGCGUGGCGCCUCAGCGUUUUCCCUCAAAAGGUGUUUUUAAAAUCUGUGAUCACCUGGAAUUUUUCGAACAUACGAUAAACUGACGUGGCAAUACAAGUGGAAACUUUAUUUGAGACUAAGCUGGAGUGAUUGAGGUAAAAAAUGACAAGUUUGUACUUGAAUAGCUUUCACAAAUAAUUUAUUACUGUGCUUACAUCCAGAUAAUUCAGCAUAUCUAUGUUUACAAUACAAGAGCUCAAUCUUCGCAGCAACUUUCCCCAAAUAAAAUAAAAACAUUAUUUAUAAUCAAUCAUACUGACACUGUCCGGUAACAUAUGAAUAUUAGUAAAAUUAAUUUAAGCCUUUUUAAAAUACAACUCUUCCUGAGAACCCUGUAUCUGCUUCUAACGUCUGUACACAGCAAUUGUCUGGCAAACUUUGUUCAACUAUAUCUAAAACGGUGCAAUGAUGGGGUUUCGCCACUGAAAUUUACUUCGGCCUAGCCUAUACCAAUCUAGUGUAGGUUACAAUAUGAUCUUAGCGAACUGGUUACCAAAUAAAAUAUGACCAGGGGAAAGGGGGGCUGCUAUUCAAACCAGCAACCGAAAAAAGUCGAGGAGAUAGAUUCUUGAGAAAUCCAAGCGGUAUUGAAUUGAAAUUAUUCUGGAGUUUUUUCAAGAAGUCAUUUCAAAAUGGAGUCGAACUUUUCCCAUGUGCAAAAUUCGUCGUUUUUGGAGGUGAAGCUUAUGUGUUAACAUGAACAUUAAAUCUGCCCUUACUUAAGGUAAUUUGCAAUUGGGAACCUCAACUCCAUAUGUUUUCGAAGGACCAAAUUCUAAGAACCUAAGUACGUCACAAAGGCUUUUAAAAUAAUUUUUUCUACCCUUAAAAUAUAAGAACUAUGUCUAAAAGGUUUUUUCUACAAUCUUUUCAUUCAGUUCGCCCCUUUCCUUGUCAAUUUUUUUUAACGUUCCUUUGUCUUUCGUCUUCUUGGUAUGGCUUGCUAAAAAAUUUCAGUAGCACGCUUUAUGUAAAUUGGUGAAAUUUGAAGUGAUGUUGGAUGCGGUGGGUGUUUUCAAUGCUUCAAUGACUGCUGGUUUCGGAUAAUUUUCUUAAACAUUCUCCUUAUGUAGUGACCAAGCUUGGAACUAUGUUUACUCGAUGUUUUUCGCACAAAUCUGUCUUCGCC